GGGACGGUAUGGUUGUGAAAGAGGAAAUGUCAGUUUCAGAGGAAAAGGGAGACAAAUAUAUUAUAAGUGUGCAUGCAUUAACGUAUGAGAAAGGGGGUGCUUACAAAUAAGAAAGCAGCAGGUGAAAGGCUGAGAAAAAUGAAUUAAUCAGAGAUUUGGCAAUAGGAAGAUCUACAAAAAUAGUUUUUAAUAGAAAGUACCAAAGGAAUAUUAGUUACCCAAAGGAUGGGUGAGGGGCGCCCUUUCUUCCCCUCUUUUCUUCACCUACCCCGCCCUGCAUCUCACAACCUACACACUCCUCAGUCCGGAAACUGCCACAGGCCUGGGCUACCCCUCCCCGGGGGGCGGAGGAGGGUUUAUCAGACCGCUCAGGAGAAGCCCCAGUCCUCAGUCCCGGAGAGAUACAUAGGGCCCUGCGUUUCCCCUUAAAAGAGGCGCUGCUAAACCUAGAACAGGGGACCCGACGAUUAUGGUCCGCGAAGGCAGGGACCCUUGGAGAGGCGUCUGCAGUAACGGCCCCUUCUCCUUAUUGCAGGGGCAGCAGGGCUGUUUUUUCCUUCUCCUCCUCCUCCAGCUGCUGCUGGUGCAGCUGUUGCGCCCAGCUGGCCGCGCCCUGGGCGCCCCGGUUUCAGGUGUCUGUGCCACUUGUCAUGUACAUGCCACCUGUCAGCAGAGAGAUGGGAAGGAGAUCUGUAUCUGCAAUUAUGGAUUUGUGGGCAAUGGGAGAACUCAAUGUCAUGAUAAAGAUGAGUGUCAAUUUGGAGCCACUGUGGUCUGUGGGAACAAAACAUCUUGCCAUAAUACCCUUGGAGGCUUUUAUUGCGUUUGUCUGGAAGGCUAUCGAGCAACAAACAACAACAAGACGUUCAUUCCCAAUGAUGGCACUUUUUGUACAGACUUGAAUGAAUGUGAAGUACCAGAUACCUGUGGUCCUGGGGGACAGUGUAUAAAUACUCCUGGAAGCUAUGAAUGCUAUUGUAAGAAUGGAUACCUUCCCCAAAAUGGGAUUCAACCUUUCCACCCUACGAGGGAUGGUACAUUAUGCACAGAAAUAGACUGUGGGACACCUCCGGAGAUUCCAAAUGGCUACAUCAUCGGAAAAUAUACCUCUAGACUGGGUGGCCAAGUUCAUUAUGCUUGUAAAGAAGGAUUUUAUGGUGACCAGAAAGAGAGUAUGACAACUUGUACUGCUGAUGGCACUUGGGAGACCCCAAAGAUACACUGUCAAGAGAUAAAAUGCGGCAGCCCACCAGUGAUCCAACAUGCUAUCGUUGUGGGGAACUACAGUUCUAAUCUAGGAAGUAUAGUAUACUAUACUUGUGUAGAUGGCUUUGAGAGCAUUGGAGGGAACCUUACCUCACUUUGCACAGCAGAAGGUAUCUGGAAGAAAAACACCUUACAUUGCACAGAAAAGAAGACAUCGAUUACUAAUGUGUUUGUCUUUAAUGAUACCUGUGUGAAAUGGAGAGUAUCUCUAGGAAGAGAGGACUUGAAGAUGGCAUAUCUGAUACAUGUUCAAGGACAGCAACGAGAUCGGACAGAAUUUGUUCAUGAGGACUUGUUGAACUUCACCACAAACAGUCAGGAACCUGAGGUCUGCUUACAUCUGGCAGGUACCAACUAUACUGUGACCAUUAGGAUUACCUUUCCUACACUCUCUGUGCCUGUAACUGUCAGGAUUCAAACAGCUGAUGAUGAUGGAUCCUUGAAUGUUUCAAUAUUUAAUGAAACCUGUUUGAAAUGGAAGAGGAACCCCAGAGAUGCUGCAGAAAAGCAAAUAUACCAGUUUCAAGUCCUGGGACAAAGACAGUAUCAAAGUAAUUUUUAUCAUGAGACAUCAUUUAACUUUACUACAAGAGAAAAAUUUCCAGAGGUGUGUUUAGAUCUGUACCCAAGAACUUAUUAUACAGUGAAUAUCACCACCAUGGCAUUUCCAAAACAUUCAGCACAUAUCAUCAUAGCAACACCAAGAUCAGUAAAGCAGAUUAUAAGUAACAUUUCAGUUCUAAAUGAAACCUGCUUGAGAUGGAAGAGAAAUAUGAAGAUGGAUGAUUCAGAGGAGAUGUAUUUAUUCCAUAUAUGGGGCCGCCGAGGGUAUCAGAAGGAAUUUGAGCAGGAAGUAUCAUUUAACCUGACCACUGGCAGUCGGGCUCCUGAGGUUUGCCUGGAGCUGUACCCAGGCACCAAUUACACUGUAAACAUCACAGCAGCAUCCUCUGGACUUCCUGUGGUGGUCUCGCUUAUGACCCAGAUAACUGAGCCUCCAAUUCCAAACAUAGAGUUUAUUUCAGUAGAAGGAGAUCCUCUACCACCUCUGAGUCUACGGAAAGCAGAGGACAGAAAUGGACCCAUCAGUUCAUAUCAAGUAUUGGUGCUGCCCUUAGCUCUCCAAAGCAAGUUUCUCUGUGAUUCUAUACAGAACACCACUUUCUUUACCAAUGACUCAAGUACUAAGGGAUAUGUGGCUGCAGAAUUCCUGGCCAAAGACAUUACUGACGUCCAAGAGAUCUCCCUUGGAGACAGAUUGUACUAUGGGAAGUUUUACAAUGCACCCUUGAAACCAAGAAGUGACUACUGCAUUAUAUUACGAAUCACUAGUGAAUGGAAUCAGGUGAGAAGACAAUCCUGUGUAGUUUGGGCUGAAGUGAAAGAUUCCUCUUUCAGUUUGCUACAAAUGAUGGGUGUUGGAUUGGGAUCCGUGGUUGCUGUGGUCAUUUUAGUGCUUCUCUCUUUCUCAAUGGUAUGGUCUCUGUUCCAAGACCACAAGGGAAAGAGGCAGAGUUCUCUAGUCAGCCAGGGGGUCAGGGAAAGAAGUACAAUAUAAAAAAAAAAAAAAAAAGAAUUACAAACUCCUUCAGAAAAGAAGGUUUUCUUUUAUACCCCAACAUGAAUGUUUAUACCACCAGCCCUCAAGAACCUUCUCAUUUCUGUCAGAAUGAAGACUUCUUUUGACAGUGAAAUAGAUAAGUGAACUCAGUGGGUCAUACUAUUCAUCUCAAUGUAUGUCUCUAAUAAAACUCAAAAUAAUGUUUUUCAGGGUAGAUUUUUCUUAGAAGCAGCUUACAUUCUGAUUAAUAAUAAAGGUGAAAUUUUUAAUAAUUUCGUGAAGAAAAAGAAUUUUUCCCUUCUUUCAAAAAAAGUUAGGGGCAGCUAGGUGAUAUGGUGGAUAGAGCACCAGCUCUGGAGUUACAAGGACCUGAGUUCAAAUUUGACUUUAGACAUUUGACAUUUACUUGUUGUGUGACACUGGGCAAGUCACUUAAGCCUGAUUGUCAGGGUUACCAAAAAAAGGUAUAGCCAUGCUUAUUCAUCCAUUCCUUCAAUAAGCAUUGAUUAAGAGCAAGGCACUAUGCUACAUGUGGAGCAUUCAAUUAAAAACAAAACAGACCAUAUUUUCAAAGAACUAAUUUUAUACAAUGUAGACAGUAAAGUGGACACAGAAAAAUCAGUAUAAGACAUCAAAAAAACUACAAAAAAAUUAAUAGAUGUAGGGCUGGGAGAAUUAGAUCUAACAACUACAAGAUCACAAAGACUUUGUGAUGCUUUAAUUGAGCCUUGAAGGAAACUAGGGUUUCUAAUAGACCAGGGGGGGAAAUGGGUUCAUUUCAGGCACAGGGGAUGACAGCCUAUGCAAAUACUAUGGAAAUACAUGAGGGCAUGGAUGAGAGCAGUGGCAGAAAGAAUGGAGAAAAAAGGAUAUAUAUGUAUGGAAGAUUUUGUGGAGAUAAAAUAAGACUUGGCAACAUACUGGCUAUGAGGAGUAUGAUCAAGGAUGGGGGAUGGCCCUGAGAUUGUUUCCUGGGUGGCUGGGAGGAUGGUCCUGCUUUCAACAAUAAAGAGAAAAAAAAUGAGUUCUAUUUAGAUUUGUUGAGUUCUAGAUAUUCAAGAGGCAAUUGGCAAUGUCAGACUGGAGCUUAGGAGAUAAAUCUGUUGUUUGUUCAAUUGUUUUUUAGUUGGUUCUGACUCUGUGAGUCCAUUUGAGGUUUUCUUGGCAUAGAUACUGA